AUGAGGUCACUUUGUGGGGUGGCUCUGGCUGCGGCCUUAAUUUGUGCGGAAGUCGAAGGUGGUAUGCUCGACAUGGACGCAUUGAGUACUGUGGACCGUAGAGGCCAACAAGCGGAUGUGACCUACCCCGGUUUCCCGCACUCUACAUCCCCGCUCACUGUGACUUUCGGCGCAGACGACCUUCGGCAUCACGACAGCACACUUCCGUAUUUCCCAGUGGGAUCUGCAGGAUACGGUGAGAGGGCCAGUACCCCACAGCGCGAACCAGACGUAAAACUUACGAGUGAAAAGACUGCAGAAGAGGCAAACGAAGCUCUACAGAGGGUGGAUCCAGCAUUAGCAAUUCGGCAUAUCGCGGGCAUCAAGACAAUUCUGCUCAGUACUGUUUUUUUCUGCUUAAGCCUGUUGGGUGGGAUGCGGGUACCUGACGACUUUGGCUUCGACGGCGAAUAUGGCUUGGAUGGUGGAAGUAGCAUUCGCUUCAAGACAACUAGGUCGCUCCUGUUUGGGUUGGUUGGUAUCGGCACUGGCCUGCUCGUAUUGGGGCUGGCGGAGUUGCUUCAGUCUUUCCGGAAAAUCAACGCAGGCAACUUAUCCGAAAACCCUCGUCCACGUCUACGCGGCUUUACCGUAUUUUUGGCCAUGUGUUUUGUCAUCGGCGCUUUCCGACACACUUUGGCCAGAAACCCUGAGCUCCUGAGCUUCCUAUACGGUGUGGAAACGGCAGGCAUCGGUUUGUUCAUUGCCACUGUCAUCCAACUUUUAGACUACACAUUAAAGUAUACAACUCCUUCCGCGAGUUCCAAGAAGCCCAACGUCGCAGCCGAUGCUACCGCGCCUCCAAAUAUUGCGUCAACAUCAUAUCUUCAAACCAACCCAGCUGGCCACACAUAA